CCUUCCUCUUUGCUAAACCUCACUGCCGAGGUUGUGAACAUUCGAGGUAGACUUUUGAAAGCGAGCUGAGAGCUCAAGACCAUUAGUCUGCAAGUCAUUUUUAUGUGUUGAAGAAAAUGGUAAAUGGACGAAACUUUUGAUGUACGGUCGAGAUGGUAAAAGGUCGACACAAUUUUUUAAGCCAAUCCGGCUAGUUCAUGAACAACAGCGGUUAAAAGUAAAGAAAAUUUUUUGGUAAGAUUUUCGUACAGGGCAAACACAUGAUCAUAGAAGGUCGAUUCACGCCUUCCAUUUUCCAAACAAAUUAAAAAUGUUGGUUACACUGAUACUAGAUAAUUUUAAGUCGUCAUCACGAUAAAUCGUAGAUAAGGUAUCUUAAGUUAAGUAUUACCAAUAUUCGGGAAAAUUAAUUUUCCCAUGUUUGUCAAGCUGUACAGUGUACAAUAUCCCAAAAUUGUUGAGUUAUCUCAUCGACCGACAACCAUCGUUUUAUCUUUUUUCUAUGAUCGUUCCUCUCCUUUUACGUCAAUCGUGCGUGUUAUGGCUUGAGUAGCUCUUUUUCGACUAAAAUUAUUACUCUGUCAUUCUUUUAAAGUUGCGUGUCAAUAAACCAGCAUCAAGGUACGUAUAUUUUAAGAACCUUGCGUAUUUUAAAAUAAUUUAAUCUCAAGAAAUAUUAAUUUCUCUGUAAAAUAUCGUCUCAAAGAGGAAUAUUAUGUUUGUUGGGCAUGCAAAAAUAGAUUAAUUCAAAUCAUUUGAUUGUGUAUAAAACUUCUAAAUUUUUAUUUAUGUAAAAAAAAGAACCAAAUAAUAGGUAGGUACAUACCUAUUAAAAAUUGCUGAUUUUAUGUCUAGCUAUUAUUCAAUUUAGGUUAAGUCCUAUAGCAUGUUUACAUAAAAAUAAAUUAUACAGUCGACACUUAGGUUAAGUGAUACUAUUAUUGAUAAGGAUGUAAAAUAUUUAGGCCUAUACUUCCGCAAUUAUUAUUUAGUUAGACCAUAUCUGGAUCAAUUAACUAGUGUAUAUGUCUAUGGGAUUAAUUCAUUGAAAGUAGACAAUAUCAAAUUAUUUAUUUUGAUUUAUUUUUACUGGUUGGUUAAUAUUUAUAUCGACUCAAGAGGAGAGAUUUUAUUCAUAACUGACUGUGUUGAUGUAAAAAUUUCAAGCAAUAUUAUUGCCAUGUUAAGGACUCCCGUAUAUCAGUAAUAUUAUUGAUUAUAAAUACGUAUUAAUACCUACGUACUUAUUAUCGAUAGCAAUAUUAAAGGUUUAAUUAAUAUAUUAAUCAAAUUAAAAUAUUUUUUUUAUGACCUUUAGUUACUACCAUUGAAUUUAUAUUAGAAAGUAAUAUAGUUUAAUUUAAUUUUGUUUUAUUUCAGAUGCUAGUUCCAAUGCAAACUAAAAUUGUGAAAAAAGGUAAUGUAGGCCCUGAUCAGUUUGAGUUAUCAAUUGCACAAGCUCUUUUAGAAUUGGAAAACAAUAGUGAUUUAAAAGCUCAACUUCGAGAGUUGUACAUUACAAAAGCUAAAGAAAUUGAACUCUUUGGCAAAAAAGUGAGUGGCAUUAAUUUGUUAAAAUAAAUAGAAAAUUAUAAUAAGUUACAUUGUUGAUUGGAGAAAUUAUUAAGUAUAUUUUAUAAAAAUUACAUAUAUGAAUUGAAAAAUAUUUUCAUAAAUUUGAAUUACUGUUUAAAAAAUCAUGCUAUAAAUACAAAUUAAUUAUGAAUUAUAUAAGAUUUGUUGUUAAAAGUUUUCACUAUAUUUAUACAUUUUGAAGAUAUUUAAUAUUUAUUUUUUAACAUACCUGUUUAUUUAGAGUAUCAUUAUUUAUGUGCCAAUGCCACAAAGAGCACAGUUCCAAAAAAUUCAAGCUCGACUUGUUAGAGAAUUGGAAAAGAAAUUUAGUGGAAAACAUGUUGUCUUUAUUGGUGACCGCAAAAUUUUACCCAAACCAACAAGAAAAACCCGUACCCAGACCAAGCAAAAACGUCCUAGAAGGUAUUCUAUCAAAACUUAUGCAACAUUUAAUCAAUAGAAUUGUUGUGUUACCUUUUAAUGAUAUGUUUAAACAAAAAAAAUAACAGAUACUUAUUAUUAUUUUCUUUAGUCGUACUUUGACUUGGGUGUAUGAUGCCAUUUUGGAUGAUUUGGUUUUUCCUGCUGAAAUUGUUGGCAAGCGUAUUCGUGUAAAAACAGAUGGUAAACAAAUCAUGAAAGUACAUUUGGAUAAAACUCAACAGACAAACAUUGAACAUAAGGUUCCUACAUAUUUUAAUUAAUACAUAUAGUACAGUUUUAUUAAAAAAUAGUUUUUAAUGUAACAUCUUUUUUUAUAAUAGUUUUUGUUAACCAUUUUUUUCACUUUUUUAUAUAAUAUAUAUUAAUGAAGUAAUUCUAUAAACUGCCAUAAUUUUUAAUAUAACCUGAGAUAUUGUAUUUAUUUUGAAAAAGUAAAUAGUAAUGUACCUAUGUAUAAUGUAAAAACUGAAAAAAAAAAUCACUUGGAUAAAAUUUUCUCCAAAAAAGCUUAUCAUUUUUUGAUAAGUCAGGACCUCUAAAAUAAAAGUUAAUAACAGACAUAAAAAAAACCCCAAUAUAUUCCUCGCUAUGCUCAAAAUAUAAUAUACAGUGAAUUCAGUGAAAUGAAAAUAUGAAGAAAAAAGAGCAUAUAUAUUAUGUUAUAGAUUAUUUGUAGGUAUUAAGUAUUUACAACCAAUUUUGAUUUAAAAUAUAAUCAGGAAUUAGUACCAAUUUAUCUGAAUAUAAAAUCAAAAUGAUAAAAAAGAUGAAAUUAAUUAGUUUAAGAUAUUUUAUUUAUUAAAUAUAAUAAAUUUUAAGAUUCUGAGCAGAGUGAGGAAUGUAUUGUUUUUACAAUGAUGUUUAUGAUUUUAUUUUUUAACUAAACAACCUUUUUACCAAAAAUGUUGGUUCUAUUUUCAAAUAUUGCACGUUUUCUAAAGAAAAGUUUUAUCUGGGUGAUCCUUUAACAAGGUCUUUUUGAUUUUCCAAGAGGUAUUCAUUAUUUAUAGAAAGAAUCGAAAAAAAUUGCGAAAAUUAUUAUUUUCAAUUUUGUUUUUUAGUUGCAAUUCAUUUUAAAAUAUUUAUAAAACUUGAAAAUUUGGACAAAACACUUAUUUAUUUGCCAUUUUUGAGCUAUUUAAUUUUGAGUUUUUACGUCAUUUUUUAUUUGGUAGAUACUCUAUGGAUAAAAUUGUUAGACUAAUCAAAAAUACUUUAAUAUUUUCCAGGAGGUUCAUUAUAAGUUGUACUUUGUAGUUAAAAAAUAAAAAUUGAAUGUAGAAUUUUUUUUUAUAAACAUUUUGCCGAAAAUUUUAAAUAUUACUGCUUUCUAAAAUAUGGGUGACUCCACUCAGAAUCAUUAUUUAUUAGCAAAAAUUGUUUUGUACAGUUAUGCAUUAAAUUCCCCUCUAAAUCUAACCUUUUCAAUUUCUCACCUAGAACAGUUAGGCUCACCCGUCGUAAACAAAAUAUGUUAGUCUUUUUUAAAAUGAAUUACAAAUAAAACUUCCAAGGCACUAAUAAAUAAUGCCUUAUUUAUCAGUGCUAUUUUUUUUAUAAAAAACAUGUCUAUCACAUUUAUUUUAUGUUACAGGUGGAUACUUUUGCUUCGGUGUACAGAAAGUUGACUGGCAGGGAAGUGACAUUUGAAUUUCCUGAACCAUAUUUGUAAAUCUUUAUUUUUAUUCAAUAAAAACAUGAUUUUAUGACUUCUAUGAUAUGGUUUUUUAAAUUUAUUGUUAAUAUAUUUUAAUAAAUCCAAUAUUCAUAGGAUUAUAAUUUAAUAUUCAACAGUUUUAUUUUAAUUUUUAAGUAGAUU